AAACUAAAAAUCUUCCCUAUUUCUCUCCCGACUCUUCUCUACCCAUGUUCUUGAAGUGGAUGAGAGCUUCAGCUUUUCCCCUCUAAUUAUGUUGCCCUCUUCAUUCUCCUUUCCCUCACAGCACCCAUCCCUAGCUAAUUUCAGGCUUUUUUUUUUACAUAAAUAAUUAUUAAUCUGUAAUUCACUGAUGCAUUAAUUAUCCUCUUCUCUCAUUCCCCAGUCUCAGAAUCCUUCUUUCUCAUUUUCUUGCUAUAAUUUCAUAAGGUUCGAAGUUCAUUUCAACUUCUGAGAAAUGGCUCCCAAAAACAGCCGCAGAAAGGCCAAAGCAGAGAAGAAGAAAAAAGAAGAUAAAGUCCUUUCCGUCGUUUUGGACAUCGCCGUGAACCUUCCCGAUGAAACUCGUGUCGUGCUAAAGGGAAUUUCGACAGAUAGAAUUAUUGAUGUGCGUCGGCUUUUAUGCGUGAACACUGAGACUUGCACCGUCACGAACUUUUCAUUGUGUCACCAGGUGAGAGGAAGGCGGUUAAAAGACACGGUCGACGUUUCGGCGCUGAAGCCAUGCAUUCUCACUUUAACCGAAGAGGACUACGAUGAAGAGAGUGCGGUGGCGCACGUCCGGCGAGUGCUGGAUAUUGUGGCCAGCACCACGUGCUUUGGUCCAUCGGGAGCAACCAAAGAUCAGCCGAAGCAGGAUGCCAGCAAGCAUGCGUCGGGCGCGCACAACAACCCCGGCGGCAAGGAAUGCACCGGCAAUGCAAUCAAACAGUCAUCGGAAAAUUCCUCACCGAAGCACGUGCCGUCGGAUGGAGAUGGAUAUUUGAGCUAUUCUAGUCCGGAGCUCGCCAGCUUCUAUGAGUUCUUUUCACUCUCCCACCUCACUCCUCCUCUUCAUUUUAUAAAGAAGGUAACGAAGAGGCAAGUUGAGGAGAUUUCAGCUGACGAUCAUCUCUUCUCGCUUGAUGUGAAGCUUUGCAAUGGGAAGCUGGUUCAUGUGGAAGCUUGCCGGAAGGGCUUCUAUAGUGUUGGGAAACAGCGGAUUCUGUGUCAUAACCUUGUUGAUUUGUUAUGCCAGCUUAGUAGAGCCUUUGAAUAUGCAUAUAACAAUCUGAUGAAAGCAUUCUCAGAGCGUAACAAGUUUGGAAAUCUUCCAUAUGGCUUCAGAGCCAACACAUGGCUCGUCCCUCCCGUUGUGGCACAGUCACCAACUAUUUUUCCACCUCUUCCUGUGGAGGAUGAGACAUGGGGUGGUAAUGGUGGUGGUUUGGGAAGAGAUGGCAAAAGCGAUCUUUUACCUUGGGCUAAUGAGUUUUCAUUUCUUGCAUCUAUGCCUUGCAAGACAGCAGAGGAGAGACAGGUUAGGGACAGGAAAGCAUUCCUUCUUCAUAGCCUAUUUGUUGAUGUGGCUAUUUUCAGAGCCAUUAAGGCUGUGGUUCAUGUAAUGAGAAAGUCAGAUUCAGAAUGCAUAAUAGAAAAUGGGGAAGUUUUCUAUACUGAGAGAGUGGGAGAUUUGAGCAUUGAAGUGAUAAAAGAUGCUUCUGAUGCAAGCUGUAAGGUGGACACUAAAAUUGAUGGAAUUCUAACACUUGGUGGGGAUGAAAAAAGGCUAGUAGAACGGAACCUACUGAAAGGGAUCACUGUGGAUGAAAAUACUGCUGCCCAUGAUAUUUCCACUCUUGGUGUUGUAAAUGUAAGAUACUGUGGUUACAUUGCCAUUGUGAAGGUUGAAGGUAGAGAGGACAAAAAUUGUGGUUCGCCAUCUCAAAGCAUUGAACUUGAACAGCCUGGAGGCGGUGCUGAUGCCUUGAAUAUUAACAGUUUGAGAUUACUUCUUCACAAAACUGCAACUAUAGAACAAAAUAAACCAGCAACAGUUUUUGAACUUGAAGAGCUUAGUGCUUCCUUAACUUUUGUCAAGAGACUGGUAGAAGAAAGUCUAGUGAAGCUUGAGAGAGAGGAACUAAAACGGAAACCUUUUGUGAGAUGGGAACUUGGAGCUUGUUGGAUACAACAUUUGCAGGACCAGAAAAAUACAGAAAAAGAUAAGAAAUCAAUGGGAGAGAAGCCCAAGAAUGAAAUGAAGGUCGAGGGACUUGGAAAACCACUUAGGUCCAUCAAGAGCAGCAGGAAAAAGUCAGAUGCUGGUGCUCCGAAAAUGGAGACUGGAAACUCAAAUUCCCAUGCACAUGGUGUUCAUGGGAAGGUUGAAAAUGUUACCUCAGCUUCUAUAGGAUCUCAGCUUGAAGACAACAGCAGAGAUAAUGAACUUGCCUUAAAGAGGAUGAUAUCCGACGAGGCCUUUGCACGAUUAAAGGAAUUGGACACUGGACUUCAUCACAGUUCCUUGCAGGAACUAAUUGAUUUGUCGCAGAAAUAUUACAUUGAAGAUGCUCUUCCAAAACUGGUUGCAGAUUUUGGUUCUCUGGAACUAUCACCUGUUGAUGGUCGUACUCUUACUGAUUUCAUGCAUACUAGAGGUCUUCAGAUGCGUUCUCUGGGGCAUGUUGCCAAGCAGUCAGAAAAGCUAUCACAUGUGCAGUCACUUUGUAUCCAUGAGAUGAUAGUUCGGGCAUUUAAGCAUAUUCUUCAGGCAGUUAUUGCUGCUGUUGGUAAUACUGAGAAAAUGGCGGUAUCAAUUGCUGCUGCCCUGAACCUGCUGCUUGGGCUGCCUGAAAAUGAAGAACUCCACAAAUCGUGCAAAAUUCAUUCCCUUGUUUGGAGGUGGUUAGAGGUAUUCUUGAUAAAGCGUUAUGAUUGGGAUAUUUCCAACUUAGACUACAAAGAUGUGAGGAAAUUUGCAAUUCUACGUGGAUUAUGUCACAAGGUGGGAAUUGAGUUGGUACCAAGGAAUUUUGACAUGGAUUCUCCAAGCCCUUUCAAAAAAUCAGAUAUUGUUAGCCUGGUUCCAGUUUAUAAGCAAGCUACAUGCUCAUCUGCUGACGGAAGGCAGCUCCUAGAAUCAUCAAAAACAGCUUUAGACAAGGGAAAACUUGAAGAUGCAGUGACCUAUGGUACAAAGGCUCUUGCAAAGCUGGUGGCAGUUUGUGGUCCCUGUAAUCGGAUGACAGCUGGAGCUUACAGCCUUCUUGCAGUAGUUUUAUAUCACACUGGAGACUUCAAUCAGGCUACGAUAUAUCAGCAAAAGGCAUUGGAUAUCAAUGAGAGAGAGUUGGGACUAGAUCAUCCAGAUACAAUGAAGAGCUAUGGGGAUCUUGCUGUGUUCUAUUACAGACUUCAGCACAUAGAGCUGGCUCUCAAAUAUGUAAAGCGUGCUCUGUAUCUUUUACAUCUUACAUGUGGCCCAUCUCAUCCAAACACUGCUGCAACAUACAUUAAUGUUGCUAUGAUGGAAGAAGGCCUAGGAAAUGUCCGUGUUGCCCUUAGAUACCUUCAGGAAGCUCUGGAAUGUAACCAAAAAUUACUUGGUCCAGAUCAUAUUCAGACAGCAGCAAGCUACCAUGCUAUAGCAAUUGCAUUGUCAUUGAUGGAAGCAUACCCUUUGAGUGUUCAACAUGAACAAACAACUCUGCAAAUCCUCCGAGCAAAGCUGGGUCCAGAUGAUUUGCGUACACAGGAUGCUGCUGCAUGGCUUGAAUACUUUGAGUCCAAGGCUUUGGAACAGCAAGAGGCUGCUAGAAAUGGUACCAGGAAGCCAGAUGCAUCCAUAGCCAGCAAGGGACACCUGAGUGUAUCUGAUUUACUGGACUAUAUUAGUCCGACUCACGAUGCCAAAGGGAAGGAUGUAAUGACCAUGAAGAGGAAAAGCUAUAUUACAAAGGUGAAGGGAAAAACUGAGGGAACUUCUAGUUCUAGUUCAUCAGCUAGUUCUGAUGAAUCUUCAGCAAUAACUGCAAAAGAGGCUUCGGAUGAAGAGUUACAUUUACCUAGUGGGGAAGGUGAUGUAGAUGCUACCCAGGAGACCAGCUCUACGCCAGUCCAGUCCCUAGAUCCUGCUAUAAAGGUGCCUACAGAGGGAAAGCCAAACAAUGAAAAUAACACUUUGGCUGAAUCACAUGAUGAAGGAGAUGAUGGUUGGCAACCGGUUCAGAGGGCAAGGUCAUUAUCCUCGCUUGCUCAGAGACUAAAGCAGCAGCGAGCAACUAUUACUAAACUUUAUGGUUAUCAGAAAAAGAAUGUGUCUACUGAUGCAGACGUUCCUCCACUAAAUGCUCCAAAGCAAAAUAGUAGGUAUUACAUCUUAAAAAGGACUGUAUCUCACGGAGUUUACACAGACCAGCACGCUUUGAAUCCUCCCCAAGGUUCUAAAUAUGGACGUCGACUAGUCAAAACCGUUACUUACAGGGUCAAGUCGAUUCCUCCUAAAACUCGUUCAACGGAGACAAUUGGACCUGCGAACGAGGUGUUUGUUUCUCAUGUAGAAGGUAGUCCUACAGUUCCACCAAAUGUUCACCUUGGAAAAUCUCCGUCUUACAAGGAAGUAGCAUUGGCCCCACCAGGUAGCAUUGCUAAGCUGAAGUUUACUGAUCCCGAAAGCAAUCCCCUUAAUUUCCAGGAAUUUUGUGUUGGUAAUCGUCAAGGAGUGGAAGGGAAUAAAACGAAAGAGAAUUCUGAGACUCUGGGUAUGGGGCCAGAGGAUUUAUGUCGAGAGAGGAACGAGGGUGCUAUAUGGCAUCCAACAGAUGACUUAAAUGCGGGAACUGGUAAAGCUGAGGAUAAAGAACAUAUUGUCUCAAUUAAUGGAAUAGAAGAUAAAUGUUAUUUAACAGCGUCCGAAAGCGGGGAGGGAAUUAAGCCUAGUGAUCUUGUGGUUGAGGAAAUCGAAGAGCCCAGCAUGUUGAUAAAUGGCGUGGCAGAUUCAAUUGAUUCUCCCAAAACAGAAAUCUUAGGGAAAGAGACUUCUAAAACAUUUGAACCCCACAGCGAUUCAAAUACUGCAUUACAAGGGGUAGAGGGUUCGACAGUUGACAAAUCCCUGGUUCUAAAUUCAGCUGAUCCACGGGAAUUAGCCAGUAAGAAGUUGUCAGCAUCAGCAGCUCCAUUCAACCCAUCAACUGCUGUUACACUUGCUCCACCGGUUACCAUGAAUAUUGCUCUUCCUCCUGGUACUGGGACCAUUUCAGCUGUUGCACCUUGGCCGGUGAACAUGCCUCUUCACCCCUCCCCUGCUACUGUCUUGCCAAAUCCAAUGUGCUCAUCCCCUCACCAUCCCUAUCCAACACCUCCUCCAACCCCAAAUAUGAUGCAGUCUCUGCCUUAUAUGUAUUCACCAUAUACUCACACGCAGCCUAUACCAACCAGCAGCUCAUAUCAUACAAAUCAAUUCUUGUGGCAGUACAAUGUGAACCCCAAUGUAUCAGAGAUCAUUCCUGGAUCAGUUUGGCCUGGUUGUAACCCAUUGGAGUUCUCUAUACCACCACCUGUUGUUGAACCAGUUGGUGAUCCCAUUUUGGGGCCCAAAAUGAAAUAUGGUGAUUUGGCAAACCUGAGUUCAGGUCAACAUCUGCUAGUUGAUGUUGACACUGCAGGAGAAACCAAGGAAGAAAUUAACCUUCCAGCGUCUGAGGCAAUAAAGAAUGUGAAUGGCAUAGUUGAGGUUGGACUGGAUAGUCAGAAGGAAAAUGGUCAUUCAAGUAAAUGUGGGGUUGAAGUUUCUGGGAAUGGACCAACUCAGGACAACAUCUUGAAGGGAAAUGCUGGAUGCAGUGCUGAAAGGAAGAAUGAUGGUGAGAAAACGUUAAGCAUUUUGGUAAGGGGUAGAAGAAACAGAAAGCAGACCUUGAGAAUGCCAAUCAGUUUGCUAAAUAGACCAUAUGGUUCAAAGUCUUUCAAAGUGAUAUAUAACAGAGUAAUCCGUGGGAGUGAAGCUCCAAAAUUUACCAGCUUUUCUUCAAGUGAAGAUUGUACAGCUAGCUCAUCAUAACCAUUAGUUUUGUCUUCUUAGCCAUUAAGCAUGGUGGAUUUUUGGGAUCAAACUGAAGAUACGAGUGUUGGAAGAUGUUGACUAUUGCAUGACCCAGUUGGUUUCUCUAACCUAAGAUUCAGGUGUUCUCUACUUGUCCUCAUCUUAAAAGUUUGAACGGGAUGAUGAUGGCUCUUCACAUGAGGUAUGUUUAUAUCUACUUGCUUUCGGUGUGUGGCAAAAUCUCCUGAACAUGAUCUAAUUGUGUUUGCACUGAUCAUUAAGACUCAACACCAUCAUGUUAUACGGUUAUAGUUGUUGUUUCGCUACUUCAUUUGAAUGUCUCAUGGAAUGCUUAGAUGCGAGAUUCUGGCCUUCAGUCUCCUCUGUUUUAUAUAGAGAAUACCAUUUUCUUUGACGUAAUUAUUUUUGUUUUGAAGAUAAUACAUGGUUCUGUUUCAAUCUGCUGGUUCACGACAGUUGGGAGUUGGGACAUUGGCGGCGUUAACCAUUUUGGUUCAGGAUACAGUUUGGACAGUUAACCAUUUUGGUUCAGAAUACAGUUCGGACACAUUUUUGAUAUAUUGGAUUGGAUGAUUGGAUUAUGGAAGUUAAAAGACCGGUUUUACUGAUUUGACCAUAGCAAUGACAUUUAUGGUUAUUCAUUUUAAUUUUUUCAUCGGCUAAAUUAAGAUUAUUUAUUGAUUUGAAGUAGGAGUAUAAGAGGUG